AUGUCCAAUAACUCACAAUCACCAGCAGAGGUCACCGGCCCAACAGCAUUCUGGAUCCUUGCCUCUCUAGCAUCAGCAGCAGUAGCUCAACCGUCGGGCAAUCGAAGAAGAGACAAUGACAUCUUCGGAGGCAACGUCGAUAUCGUUCGCUCCAUCCCCGCCGUUUGUCUCAUCGAUUCAAUUUUCGACUUAUUUGUACUGGCGGGAGGUAUUUCCAGAUUUUUCUCAUCACAUAAUUCUACUCAACGAACUCUUCGCAACUCACCAAAGGCGACUGGCCUGGUCGUCCGAUCAGCCUUGACGAUAUUUACAGUCCUGCCUCAGACCAUCAAAGUCUUUAGUCUCGAGGGCGUACCUGCGACGCAAAUAUGUGCAUUCAUCUUCUUCUUUGGCACUAUUACCAAGCUCCUGGUAUCCAUUUGUGGAUGGGAGCCGGAAGGGAACCCCCAAGAGAAGGACAAUUCAACCUCAACUGACGUCUUCCCGUCCUCAGUACGCCAGGCGCCAUUCGAGUUCUGGAUAUGGUUCAAUAUAAGCCGACAAGCCUCCUUCAAACUUUCUUCCGAUCUAGAAAAUGUUUGCGACUGGGCCACGAUAGUUGUUAGCUCCUCUAUGGUAUUGCAGGUCGGAAUAUGGAUUGCGUAUCUGCUCGCACGACGACGCCUAGACCUCUCUCGUUCAUUGUAUAUAGUACCGAUGCGAGGCUUUUACUUGCUCAUAGUGGUCCUUGGGCUUGCAAGACAGCCUUCUUCGAGGAAUACGUCGCAAGCGACGAUCAAGCCGCCACCGAGGUGGAUGGACGUAUUCAAUUAUAGUUCGGGUUUAAUUAUCUGUACGGGCAUUGUCAGCAUAGCCAUCGCCAAGCUAUUGGAGUCGAUCGGAACUCUCGUAGCAUUGGUGUUGUCUCGUGGUAGCUUGGAAGACGAACAGAGCGAUCAACCGGAGGUACAAACCAUCUCGAGUGGAGAUAAUGUUGAAGAGCAACAUGAGAGCAGGUCCCGGAUCUUUGCGGGUAAUCCUGGAGCAUGGCUGGGACGAAUAGGCGUUGCCCCAGAUCAAUUGGUUGUGCGGGGCCUCAGGUUGAACACGACCGCCACUACAAGUAUUGCGCUGACAGUGUUCAAUCUUAUCACUACUGUCUUCUAG